AUGACCGAUUAUCAGUCAUCUCACUAUGGCCAUCCCGUCCCAGACGUGAGCAAGCCCUUUCAACUGAGAUGUCCCGAUAACACAGACCUCUGGCGUAUUCCUCCAUCGACAGAUCGCGGCAACACACCUCACAUCUACCGUACCGUGGCCGCCUCAGAUUUCAAGUCAGCAAAAGUCACCGUCUCCGGACCCUGGACUAAGCUCUAUGAUCAAGGCGGACUUUGCAUGAUCAUCGAAAUACCGGGCGCGAAGCAGAACAAAUGGAUCAAGACAGGAAUCGAGAUGCUGAAUGGCAAGCCUCGUGUUAGUGUUGUUGGUACCGAUACCUGGUCAGAUUGGAGUUUGCACCCGGUCGUUGCGGCCGACAAGGUAUCUGCCACCAUUGAAAUGGUUGUCGAGCAUGAUCAUUUGUGGGUUUAUUUGCUCGGUGAUGAUGGCGAGCGUCACCCGAUGAGAGAAAUCACGUGGUGGAAUGCCUUGCCAAAGGACGCAGAGUGCAAGGUCGGUGUCUCGGCAGCGAGACCAGCCAGCGAAGGAGGUGAAUUAAUUGUGCAUUAUAAGGAUUUUAUCAUCAGCGCAUAG